GACGCUGGUGGUGAGGGGAGGGUGGGGAUCUCCUCCCUUUACCGCUAGGAGCCGCGCCUGGAGCGCAGAAGAGUAGCCCUCCCACCACCAGCAGCCCACUGGCAGGAGCAGACGGCCGCUUAGCUCAGCUCGCAGCCCCCAGGAGGCCUGAUAACGCGCGGAUCUUGAAGCCUACGGGGAAGUUCGAGCAGCCGCGCGUUCUACGGUCCCGGAGAGGAUCGCACCGCGAGCAUGUCUUCCAGCUCCAACCUUAGCACCAUGCAGCGCCUGGUGGAGCAGCUGAAACUGGAGGCGGGGGUGGAGAGGAUCAAGGUCUCUCAGGCUGCUGCGGAACUCCAGCAGUACUGCAUGCAGAAUGCCUGCAAAGACGCUCUUCUGGUGGGGGUUCCAGCGGGGAGCAACCCCUUCCGCGAGCCCAGAUCCUGUGUCUUACUGUGAUUGCAGGGGAAGAAGUUCACCCAGGAGUUACCUUCAAGCAUGCAGUGAUUAACAGCUGCUUUUGAGUCUUAAGAAAAUAUUUUUUUUUUCCUUGUGGCCAAACAAUUUUUAGAUGUUUGAGUACUUUCCAGUACCAGCCCCUGCAGCCAAACUCUUUCAGGAACAAAUGGAAGACUCUACUGAUGUAAAGGGUAAAGGAGUAGAACCUCAUGGAAUAAUUCACUUGCUUUUUGGGGGUAAUUCUUGUCAAAUGUUCUGUACUUUAAAAGACACACACUCCAUCCCACUUCUAACAAAACCACCCACUUAUGACUGUUUCUUUCCUUUUAAUAGCCUGUUUUUACUUAAGUGACUACCAUUUAACAAAGAAAAACAUUUUCUUUUACCAAAAAAAAACAUAUAUUUUUCAUUGUAACAUUGUGCUAAAGGUUUUUAUUUUCUAGCAAAUGUUUUUUCCCCUUUUAGAAUUCACAUUUUCUAAGGGAACACACCCAAGUGCAGAUUAGUAAUCAAGCAACGUCUUGAUUUUUCUAAAGCAGAAGAUAAAAUAUUUUGUUUUUAACACUAAACUUGGGAUCUAUUUCUUAAGUAGUUUGUUUUGAAAGACCAAUAUUGUCAUAUUAAAUUGCUUCAUUUAGAUAGGAUUGAUCCUUGUGUGCUCUUAAACAUAUUUUACGGCUCUGUGCUUAGGAAGGUACUGUAGUUUAAGAAUUUCUUUUUGAGAGAAAAUGUUUAAAGCAAGACUAUCAGAAAAUGAAUGUGUAAACAGGAAGUCAUAGAAAAUGAUCAAAAUGAGAAAGUUUUCAAUUCUUAAACAUCUGUUGCUAUUGUGGCUUUGGUGGUGUGCCUUUGGUUUUAUACAGGAUACUUUUAUUCUUUUAUAUUUUUUUCAUUUUGUUUUACUUUUUUUUUUGUAAUAGCCUC